AUGGCAACUCUUAACGUGUUUUUUGUGGUACAUCUUCUGUGUAUAAUUGUUCUUAACCCGGUUGUGUAUGCUAAAUGCAGUGAUCGAAAAUAUCAAAUAUAUUAUCUUUCUCAAACUCGCCAGACCCUCAAUGAUCUUGCCAUGGUAGGUUAAUUUCUUGAACCUGUUACAAAUUGACCAUAUAGGCAGAGACGUAUAUGUAAAUAUGCAGAGACUAACAUAGACUAAAUAUGGCUCUGAAUAUAGGCUGUAGCAUAUAUAUUGUGAUAUCACAAGUUAUGUAUUCUAGUUGCAAAUAGAUUAUUGGAGCUUGAUUCAUUCAUAUAUUCAGUUGUUUUAUUGAGAUAUGGUGUAUUUUGUGUGCGGUAUAGGAGAGGAGACCAAGAGGCUGUAUCAAAGAGGCGGAAAUGAUAAUGGUCCAACGUCCAACGCUUUCAAUAGAGGUGAUGCUCAAGAAAUCAUGAGUGGCUACAAUUUUAGUGUUAGUCUAGUUGAAUUGCAUGGUUCCAAUUUGUAAGUCGCUCUGGAUAAGAGCGUCUGCUAAAUGACGUAAAUGUAAUGUAAAUGUUACACGGGGUGUUAUUGUGAUUACAGGAAGGGGAAAAGCUAUGGACAAUGAGACUUGCGUUUCAACUAGCCAGCGAGCUCUUCCAACAAAACCUAACACUUGUGAAAUGGAAUACCAUCAAGCUCAGGGAGCUCCAACACCUUCUUGCUCGACAAAAUAGGACUUAUUCGGAAUGUGUACGUUCUUGGUGAUGUUUAAUUUGUUAACUGUAGCUUUUUACACAAUUAUUCUUCUUCUUGGUCUUCUUCUUCUUCUUCUUCUUCUUCUUAUUAUUAUUAUUAUUCAUGUAAUUGCAUGGAUAUUCAUAUUAAUGGUGUUUGUUGUUUACUAUUUUAGGUCAGAGACAUGCGUCUGCGUCAAAACCUUCCAAUUGCAGAUAUGGUUAAGAACUACUUCAAACAGCUGGACGACUUUCUUUCACAUGAGGUAAAACAUCUCAUACGUUGUAUUUGUUUCUCUACUGUGUUUCAAAAGCUAAACUAUUGAAAGGGGUGGAGUAGACCUAGCCUAAUACCUAUGGUGUAUUAUAUAUUAUUUUCACCUAAAACAUAUUUGUUUCACGUAUUUUCUUUCAGCGUUUCAGCUUGUGCUCAUGGGAGGUCGUGAGAGCUGAAAUUGGGAGCAUCCUGAGGGAUUUUUACAUUAAAACAAAAAUGCCAAGAAAACACGUGUGA